CGGAGCAGCGAAGGGACGGCGGCUCGCGGGGCCCAAUCUUAGAGGCAUGUGUCCGACUACAAGAAAGUGAGGGGCGGGCACCGUGGGCUGCAGGUAGCCGGAGGAGGAUGGAGUCCCAGGCCGGCGACUAUAACCCGGCCUUCUGCAAUCUCCACGGCAGCUCCGGAGAAAUGAAGCUGCGGAAGAGGAAGUCAAGGCAGAACGCGAGCGCGCAGGAGAAGCGCUCUCGGCGCCAUGGUCUUCUUGGAGAAAACACUUACCUGGUCUUGUUUACCAUUGCUCUGCGAAUACUUAACUGCUUCUUAGUCCAGACAAGCUUUGUUCCUGAUGAAUACUGGCAGUCCCUCGAAGUUGCACACCGCAUGGUUUUCAGUUAUGGUUAUUUGACCUGGGAAUGGACGGAGCAAUUGAGAGGCUACACUUAUCCCCUCAUCUUCGCCAGUAUUUACAAGGUUCUGCAUCUUCUGGGGAAAGACAGUGUUCAAUUCCUGAUCUGGAUUCCCAGACUUGGCCAAGCUCUUCUGUCUGCUGUAGCAGAUAUAAGGCUUUACUCCCUCGUGAAGCAGCUGGAAAACCAGGAAGUGGCACGAUGGGUGUUCCUCUGCCAGCUGUGCUCCUGGUUCACAUGGUACUGCUGCACACGGACCCUCACGAACACCAUGGAGACCGCCCUCACUGCCCUCGCCCUUUUCUACUAUCCUCUGGAAGGCUCGAGGUCCAUGAACAGUGUCAAGUACUCGCUCCUGGUGGCACUUGCUUGUGUGGUCCGCCCCACAGCUCUUAUCCCAUGGUUGCCGCUGCUCUUCAGACAUUUCUACCAAGAACAGAGAAAGCUCCAUCUGACUCUGCAUCGUUUUUUACCUGUAGGAUUUAUAACCUUCAGUUUGUCUCUGAUAAUUGACCGUAUCUUUUUUGGCCAAUGGACGCUGGUCCAAUUAAAUUUCUUGAAAUUUAACGUGCUGCAGAACCUGGGGACGUUUUAUGGCUCCCACCCAUGGCACUGGUACCUCAGUCAAGGGUUCCCAGUUGUCCUGGGGACCCACUUACCUUUCUUCAUUCACGGUUGCUUCCUAGCCCCAAGGAGGCUCCACAUACUGCUGCUGACCGUGCUGUGGACACUGCUGGUGUACAGCAUGUUGGGCCACAAAGAAUUCAGGUUUAUCUAUCCCGUUUUACCAUUCUGCAUGGUGUUCUGUGGUUACUCACUAGCCCACCUGAAGGCAUGGAGGAAGGCAGCCCUGAGCUUCCUGCUCUUGUCAAAUGUGCCGCUGGCAUUCUACACUGGCCUAGUUCAUCAGAGAGGCACCUUGGAUGUCAUGAAUCACAUUCAGAAAGUCUGCCCCCGAGGUCCUGACCCAGCUUCGGCCUCAGUAUUCAUGAUGAUGCCCUGCCACUCCACGCCUUACUACAGCCAUGUUCACUGUCCACUGUCCAUGCGGUUUCUCCAGUGUCCCCCAGACUUGACUGGAAAAACUCAGUAUCUUGAUGAAGCAGAUAUGUUCUACUUAAACCCCUUAAGAUGGCUACAACAAGAAUUUCACAGCAAUGCGUCACUCCCCACUCACUUGGUCACCUUCAAUGUUCUGGAGAAGGAGAUCAAUACCUUCCUCACCUCAGGGAACUACGAGAGGGCUGCUACAUUCUUCCACACUCACUGGCCAGAGCGUCGAACUGGAAGUCACAUACACGUCUACGAGCGACGGUUACCCGGCAGGGUCAACACAGGAGGAAACUGAACUGAAAAAGGGGUAUUAUUUCAACACUGAAGGAAAAAGGACAGACAUCAAUACUCUUGCACUGGCUGGAAGGGGAGACCUAACAGGUGAUGAGGAGCAGGAAUGUAACCAUAAAAUAAUGAGGUGUUUCCGUUAUCACUCCAGUAAGAGUAAGAACAACCAGCCUCGUCUCCGUUGGCUUUAUCCCUCAAUGAGAGAAGAGACACAUCUCGCAGAGCAGUCUCCAACCUUCCCCGUUCCAGGCAAGUGCAGUGAGCAGGCACUGCUGUCUUCCCACUCUGCCUGCUGGCUCCUCCACUGCUUUACACCAGGACCUGCACACAAGCGCUCUGCAGCCCUCAGCUCUAAGCACCUGACUUGAUAUCUCUGGGUUCACGUGCAUCACUCUGCACUCUUCUCGCUUAGCCUUCUCUCUAACCAGCACAGAUAUCAGUGUCCCCUGCACUAGACUAAUGGGGACUGGCUUCGAAGUGAGUAAAAAUAGCCAUGUACCUACCAACCCGUCCUCUCCAAAUAAAUGUCAACAGAUACCUCCAAAAUCAAUUUGCUUCUGGUUCCUCUUGCUUAGAGCUUCCUUCUGGUAUUCUGAGUAAUCUCAGCAUCCAACAGUGAAGUCAUUCCAGAUAAACCUACACCACUUACUUCCUACUUCCCUUACACAAGAUAGAACUGCCUGGCUAUAUGAGUCGUUUCAAAUGUAUCUUGUCUGCUCCUCACCACCUUUGAUGACCUCAUUCAAACUCCCAUCAGUUUCUCAUGUGCAGACCACCACAGCUGGCUUCACACCUUGCCAAUCAACCCUCUUGGCUGCUGCCAGUCAUCUAGAGGACUAGGCGCCAUCCCAUCCAGUGACAAGAUCCUUCAGAAAUUCUCCAUCUCACAAGACAGGCACUUCAGGACAAAAGGGAGACCUUCCUGAUCACCCCAGCUCACCUGGUUUCUUUAAAGUAGCUGGUCUCCAUUUCUCCAACCUUUGCAAAGGACCUUCCAUUCCAGGGAGGACCCUGCUCUAUCCAUGCACCAACCCUCACUUCUCUUCCAGAAGCUAAUUUCAAAGCAAGUUUAGAUGCAAGGUCACUUCAAUCAUGAAGAUUUUUCCAACCAUCUCUAGACUACCUGAGGCCACUACACCUUCAUGCCUCUCUCUGCACACCUAACUCUUGAACAGCAAGAAGUUAUUCAUGCUUCCUUAAAGCAGCCUCCAAUACUGCUCAUUAAAGCAUCUGCUUCAGGAACUAAA